AAGAUAACACGAUAAAAUUUCUCUACUGAUAUCAGUUUCGCUAUAUAAAAAAGCCGCAAAAUGCCAAUGGUCGAUCACUUUCCUUUUCCAUUUGCUGCUGAAAAUCAGGUGCUGCUUCAUCAUGAAGGUUAUCGUGUUGGUGCUGAUGGCAAUGGUAGUGACCAUCGCGGCUCGCUGUGUUCGAGAUAACACCAGUGGUCAACCUGGAUGCAAGAAACAGGAGGAGUUGUCACAGGGCGUCUGGCGUCAUAAUCACGAUCCAACGGCUUACUGGGAGUGCUCCAAACUAAACGAACCUGCAGCGUUGAAACGGUGUAUGAGUGACUCGGCUUUCCACCCGACACUUCUCGAGUGUGUUAGCUGGGACGAGUGGGAAUGGGAACCUUCCUGUGCACCCCUCAGUCGGCCUGACAACUAAACGAAUUAUGUUCCAUGCGGAUAUUGGUAGACCGAACGUUUAUUUGAAAGCAACUAGUGGUAACGGAGUAUGACAGAUCAUUCGAAACAAGAAAUACAGCGCAAUAAAAUGCUUGACAAACA